GGUACCUGUAUGAAGCUAUAAUUUAUAAACACCCAUAACAUUUUAAAAAAAUGCUCUACAAUUCUGUUUUACAAUUUAAGCUAAUGAACGUUUAAGCUCUCUGUCAUUUAUUCCCAAUGAAAAACAUUGAAAAUACGUCGCUCCACGGUAUUUGAAUGUCGGAAGAUAAAGUUUUUGAUUUAUUUUUUAAUUGUCUCAGGAAGUCGGCUGGCCGUGGGAAUAAGUUGUCAGAAUGGCGUGAGAAAGUACUGGCUGGGAAAGGUAUAAAUAGAGAGGAUCGGCACGAUAUUGAACCAUGAAAGUUGGUCCCACAAACUAUGGUAAAAAGCUCCUGAUAUUUCAUAUUUGUGUCAUGAAUCUGAAACAAAUAUCCACAAACCACAUCAUUUGACUAAACGUCCUUGAGUUUGCCUCUUUCGUUGGCUUGGAAACAACUUUACUAUUAUACUAGAUAAUAGACAUCCAACUGAGCAUUUGUUCAAAACUAUUUCUGGCAGAGCUGAGAUGUGAAGAACAGUGAAUAAUUAAAGUGCAUUACCGAAUGCAGCCUCUGUUCAGUGCAAUCCAUGUUAUGAAUUCUCUGAUAUUUGUCUGGUAAUUCUCGUGGUUUCGGGUUAAUGCAGGCUUGGUUGCCUGUUAUUCUAGUGUGGUUUGUCUCAAUCUUCGCCAGUACAUUCGCGGUCUUAACAUGCAUUUAUAAACAUUUAGCUCACGGGAAUAACAGGUGGAAGAAUAUUCAGCACAAAUAUCUGUCUCCCUGGAUCUUAUUAGCUCUUUUAACUGCAGCAUUUAUGGUCGGAAAUGUAUGGCUGCUAUCAAGCAGCAAGGAAUCUGAUGUUGAUAGGAUAGUGAGACACGCCUGGCUUUUUAUUGGCUUAUUUGACGGAAUAUUUCUUGUUUUCUGCAUUAUAACAGCUCUUGUAUGGAGCAAAUAUAAAGGGCGAAUGUCAAAAAACAGAAUGGUUGAAGAUAUAAAAUACGAGACGCAAUCAACUAGAUUGAAAAGGAUUCCUGCUCAGGAAAAUUAUGAGUCAGCCACGACUUUGUAUAAAACUAACGAACAAACUUUGAACACAACUCAGCAAAAAGUGAAUUCAAACUCUGAUUUGAACUUCUGUCCAAAUGACGAUAUUCUCAUUUUGAGAAAUCUUUCUAAACCGAAUGAAGAGUUUUGUUUAGAUUUAUCCAACCCCAAUACCCCUGUAGUUCAAAGAAAAUCUCUGAAUUAUAUUGAAGAUCGUUUUAAAGAUAAUAUUUUAAUGAAGAAAGAAAUUGUCAACCUCAACGAUCAUGCAUAUGUUGUCACCUGUGACAUCGAAUGCUAAAGAACAAUAUUACAAGAAACAACUUUCAACAUCAACUUUCAAGGCAAUGCAAUUAACAAUAAGCAAAAAUCUAAACAACAAUGUUGUGUGGGAUAAAAGCAGUUUAGAAACUUUCAACUUAUUUCCAAAACAAUUUCUGUGUUACAAACUAGCUCAUAUAUAUCAUAUUUGACGUGUAAACCAUUUUCAUAACAUUGUUGCGUUGCGAGUUGACGUUGAAAAUUGUAUCGUGUAACAUUACCUUAAUUUUAAAAGUCUGAACUGACAGUACUGAACAGUGGUACUGAAUUGACCAUUGGUGGCCUGGGUUGAUGAAUUAUAAUUAUCAUAAUUAGUCUGAAAACCCAACGCUCUACAACAUCAUUUUGAAUUAUCCGCAUGCAAAAACACCGCAGAAAUUGGUGUUUAUGAAGUUUCAAUCCAGAAAAUCACUGUUUCACAAUUAUGCAUAUCUGUAUCACCAUAAAAAGAAUACUAUUGAAUAAUUUGAAUAUGUUUGAUGCGUAAUCAGGAUCGCAAAAUACAUAUUGCAAAAUACAGACGUCAGUUCUCUGGUUAAAAUAUUUUCUCCACCCGUUGAAGACUGUAGACUGACUACAAUUGAACAGGUUAAAAAAGUUCAAGUCAGUUUCCGCGGUGUCGCAUGCAAAGAGAAAAAUCAAAUGUGUCAUAAUAAUAGACCGAGAGUAGACACGCGUACACGCGCGAGCGUCACGAGAACGUAAACAUUUCUGGGCUCCUAUGAACUGACCUGCAAAGCCUUUUUCAAGGUCACAACUUCGGCUCCAACAGCGUUUGAAUUAGUAUACAUCAGUUUAGGUAACUUUUUCGGAAAUUGAAAUAUUAGAAUACUGCAUGCCGAACCAUUUAUUCCGUCUCCCAACCAACCAUCUACAAUACUGCACGCAUAAUUUUCAGUAUUAUAUAUUUUAAUUUAAUAUUACGUAUAUAUUCUAAUAAACAUUUAAAAUUAAUAUAAAAAUAAUAAUCCUAGUCAAUGAUACCUAAAACUCACACCAUCCCACAAAACGUGAAUUAUAUUGCCAUGCAUAUAUUGCCACAAGCGAGUCACCAAAUAUGUUUUCGGUUGUUUUUAUAACGUGCUAACUAAGAUGAAAGAGCUAUUACAAUGAUUAUGUUUGCUAACUUUAAUA